AUGUUAGCAUUCGCUGAGCAACGUCUCUCCACCAACUAUCAUCAACGAAUCGAACAAGCCGGACAGAAUAUUUCAUCAGAUUUUAUGGCGAAUGAGAUCAUUCGGCUGCAAAUGCUCAGAAAAGAACGAUCAACCAUUAAGGUUUGCCUUUUUUUUUUCAGAGGAAUUUCAUUUUUCACUAUCGCUCAAGUAUUAUUCACAAGAGUUUUAUGGUAA